AUGUCUUCGGGGGGUCCGAUAUAUGUCCUACCGGGCGAUGAAAUAGACGCUUCGCUCAUUCCAUCACAUCCUAAGAAGCCGCUGAGGCUGGGUCCUGGCCUUCGCCAUGCACCGCCAAACGAUAUCAUUCCGACCGUCGCGGGCCAAUUCGUCGUCGAGCGACAAAAGAACGCCAUCCGAGUUGAAACAACAAGUGGUCGGUAUAUUCCUCGAGUAGGCGAGCUCGUCAUAGGCACAGUCCACCACUCAGGUGCCGAGAGUUAUUUCGUCACUCUCUCCGACUUCACUUCCUCAUCGCUUCUACCCCACCUCUCCUUUGAAGCAGCUACAAGAAAGACGCGCCCCCAGCUCGCCAACGGCGCUCUCGUUUACGCACGGGUCUCUCUCGCCCACAAGCACAUGGACCCCGAAUUGGAGUGUGUUUCACCAUCCACUGGAAAAUCUGAGGGACUAGGGCCCUUAACAGAUGGAAUGCUGUUCCCCAUAUCCCUGGGCAUGUCGAGACGGCUCAUGCUCUCAAAGAGUGCACAAGACGGCAAACUUGUCGUGUUGGAUGAGCUAGCCAGUGCUGGCUUACAGUUUGAGACAGCAACAGGGAGGAAUGGGAGGUUCUGGGUGAAUAGCGAGAAUAUGAAGACGAUCAGUAUUGUGGGUCGGGCAGUGACAGAGACAGACGAAAAAGGCCUUAAUGUUGACCAGCAGAAGAAACUAGUCAGGUCAUUAAUCAAAGAACUGAGCUGA